UCUCUUGUGACAGUUCGUCGAGGAUCAACCUGUUUCUGGGCUCAUCAAGACAUUUUAAAGAAGUAGAACCCAACGUAUUUCACGUCGUAAAAUCAAAAAGACGCGAAACUUAAACACUUUAAUUGUUUUGAAGACGUUCGGUAUCCUUAAAAAAAUAAACUGUCAUGUCAAAAUCAAAGAAUCUCGCCAAGUUCUCGGCCGAACAAUUGGAGAAGUUCUUCGCAUCUUUCGACGUGGUAUUUUCCGAUAUUGAUGGAGUCAUAUGGCACUUCGGCAGACCCAUCAAAGGUGCUAUAGAGUCCUUAAUAGCACUGAGUAAAUUAGGCAAAACGGUGUAUCUAGUAACGAACAAUAGUACGUACGAAAUCAAAUAUUUUAUCGAAAAAUUUCGACGUGGCGGACUUGAAAUAAAUCCAGACAAUAUAAUCAACACCUCAAAAGUGAUCAUCUGGUACUUGAAAAAGAUCGAUUUUCACGGCGAUAUAUUUGUGAUCGCUUCAGAACCAUUCCGGAAUAAUUUACAAAAAGCGGGAAUAACAAUGGUGGAACAACCAAAAGUUUUCCCAAUGAAUGCAUCUGCAACCAUAAGUGAGCUUCAGGAUCGGCCUUCUGUUAAAGCUGUAAUUACCGACUUUGAUUACUACUGCGACUGGGCAAAAAUGGCUUUAGCCAUAUCAUGCCUCAAACGUAAAGAAGUAAUAUAUUUGACAGGGGCACAGGACAAAUGGGUGGGCGAAAAGAAGAGUAGAGUUUUAGGUCCCGGCUCGAUGUUAGAUGUAAUCAGCAACCUUAGUGGAAAGGAACCGAUUACAUGCGCCAAACCCAGUCAUAUAUUAAAAAAUUACAUCUGGGACACGUAUAACGUGAGCAAUCCACGAAGAUGCUUGUUCAUUGGCGACACAUUGCAACAGGAUAUGAAGUUCGGUUCUAUGUGCGGAUUUCUGAAACUAUUUGUCGGCUCUGGAUGUGAUAGCUUGGAAGAGGCACUAGAAGAGGAGGAUACCUACCCCGAUUACUACAUUCCUAGUUUAGGCCAACUAUUUUCCUUUUAGGCCUAUUAUUUUAGGCCUAUUAUUUUCGGCCUAUUAGUUUAGGCCUAUUAUUUUCGGCCUUCAAGGAAACUCAGAACCAGCAAUCCGUCAAUCACGAAAACCAUAUUCAUUAACUCGUAACGGAAUAAAUAAUUAAUUUGUUACUAUACAUGAUAGCGUAGAUCAUAGUUUAGACUACUAAUAAGAAAAAAUGACUUACUUAAAGAAAAGUAUUUGUUAUUACACUCACUCGCAAAAAAAUCUUUAACGUCUCUUCUUACAAAGGAAAUAAGCUGUAUGAUAGAAUUAUGUAAUUGGAAGUAUUUUAAUUAUCAAAAUUAAUAUUAAAUUCCGUACCGGUACAGCGACAUAACUUUGAGCAGCACGAAGUUUCGGGAUGUGAAAUUUACAGCGGCCAAUAUAAUUGAAUCUAUGCUGCCAACCGUUAACCAAUUAAUAUAUGUUGCUAGGUUUGUUAGAAAAAAUCUUUUAGUAACAAAAAAUUGCGACAUCGAAAUGCAUGAUACAGAAUAAACAGACAUAACCACUGGACGAAUGCAAUAAAAAUGCAAUAAAACGUAUAUUUGUCGAAUAAAAAACUAUUAUGUGAUA